CAGAAUAUUACAGAGCCAACCAAGUAAGAGCUGUAAUCACUCAAAAGUUUUUGUCCUGAUUGUUCACAGAGGAAAACCUAAUGGAAGAAGAAUUCCUAUUAUUCAGACUAUGUUAUACAAUAGAAUGAACAAUCACCAAAGCUCGUCCUUGGAUACAGCUAUCUUAUACAAACAUUGUAAAUCAACAGUGAACUGUGCCCAGGAAGUGGACAGGAGGAGAGCAGGCAAGAUUACCCUUGGGGAGACUAUACAACGCUUUUAGUGAUCUGAGCUUCUCCUCAAAAUUAUUUCCUAGCUUUUUAACAGUUUUUUCGUGGUGAUGUCUGACUGAGUUGUCAAAGUCCUCAAAGGAUCACCCAAAGGGCAACAGAGAAGAUGUAUGGUUCCUCAGAAACAGAAGUUCAAUUCCUCCAGCAACACGCUGUCCCAUGACGAUAGCAAGCCUCUACCUGUUUCCUGCGGUUGUCUCGCUGCUCUACUGUAAGCCGUCACCAUGACCCUGACAAAAGGCUCCUUCACCUACUCCAGCGGGGAGGAAUAUCGUGGCGAGUGGAAGGAGGGCCGCAGGCAUGGCAUUGGUCAACUGAUGUUUGCAGAUGGUGGCACCUACCUGGGUCAUUUUGAGAAUGGGCUCUUUAAUGGCUUCGGGGUACUGACUUUCUCAGAUGGCUCAAGAUACGAGGGGGAGUUUGCCCAAGGAAAGUUCAACGGCGUUGGAGUUUUCAUUCGCCAUGACAACAUGACCUUUGAGGGAGAAUUCAAGAGUGGCAGAGUUGAUGGUUUUGGCCUGCUUACUUUUCCUGACGGUUCUCAUGGAGUUCCUCGAAAUGAAGGUCUGUUUGAGAAUAACAAGUUACUACGGAGAGAAAAGUGUCCUGCAGUGAUCCAGCGGGCACAGAGGGCUUCUGAAUCAGCCCGGAACCUCCCAGCUUGACAGGGGACCAUGGUUCUGCAGGAGGAGCGAUCGAGCAGACCGGCCACCUCUGUUCAUUCACUGCAGGUGAAGGAAUGAAUCAGACCCAAGAUUCUUUGAGUUAUAAACACCAAACAGUUGCCUUCUGACACAUCCCUUUGCCUGCCAAUCAAGAGUUAGAUUGAGGAUUGGGGCCAUUCAGGCCCUCCAACAACUCUGACUUGCCGAACAGGGUGCAGCUGAUUUCAUUUUUGCCUUGGCCCUGCCCCUUGUCUGCUGCUGCUCAGACGAGCUGCCUUUUUCCACAUCCUGGGACUCGUGAUCCCUAAAUCCCUGCACCGCCCCCAGCCUUGCUGCCUUCUACUCUAUCCUGGGUCCAUGGUCACCUGCAGUGUACUUAGUGCCCCACCUCCAUUUGGGGGAGGUGAUGCAAUAGCCACCCCUAGGCAGCGGCCCACACCUUGGGCCUCCUGGGGAAGGGAAGAUGAUGGACUGUUGGGGGGCCAGGGAGAGAAGGUGUGCAACAGGCCUUUGAAAGCCUAGGUAGGAGAUUUUUCUUAGGUUCCCUUCUUAUUUUAUUAUUGUUUGGAAUUAUGGCUCCAGGACUAUCUUGUGAACUGGCCAGGCUGAUCUUGAACUCCUCUUUCUCUGUCUUUGGGUGCUGUGAUGAGUCUUCAUGCGUCCUUGACUUGACAGUAUAACUAUGUUACACGAAAGGACUCCAUUUUUGCAUCUCAUCUUUAUGUACUUUCAUUGCUGUUCUUAUAUGGGUAAGAAAGUGAUACCAAACUAUAAUCUUAAACUCACAUGUAGAGCAGAGGACAGGGACCUCCAGGCCCACUAACAAUGUGUGAAGGCCAGGAUUGACCUAUUCGUUCUUAAGACUGGAAAGGAACUGGCUAGGGUGGACUCCUCCUUGUGGACCACCUAUCCAGACCACUACCAGCCCCCUGGAAUUUAGACAAAGGUGGAUGUGGAUCCAUCAGGAAUACGUUGAGCUAAAAACUAUUUGGUGGACUAAAUCCAGGUCACCAUAACUCUCUCACCAUCAGCCUCGGACAUUAGGCCUGGAGAUGAAAACUCUACUCAUCAGCAUCAUGCAAUGCUCAUUCUGAGACUUUGAACACACCAUAUUCUCCAUUAUUCUCACAUCGAAUGUUUUAUUUGCAGCAGAUUUUGGUGGAAAUACUAGCUGUGUGCCUCUAUCAUCUCCGGAUUUUACUGUUGAAAUAAAAGUGUUUCUAAGGAAUCA